ACAAUGUCAAAACAAUUGUUUGGUUAUUUUAAAAAAUUGACAUCUUGGAGUAAACAUCAUCAUCAAAGGAUCCAUAGUAGCACAAAGAAAAAUUUAAGAUGUCUUGAACAACUUGAAAAUCGUAGUUUACUCCAGGUAAAAGGAACAGAUGUAUCAAAUUUUCUUCAGGGAUUAAUAACAAAUGACAUGAGACAUUUUGAUGAUGUUGCUGUUGGUAAUAUUUAUGCAAUAUUUUUAAAUACAAAAGGUCGUGUAUUAUUUGACACAAUAAUUUACAAAAUACCUGAAGAUAAUUGUUAUUUAAUUGAGUGUGAUAAAAGCUUGAUUGACCAAUUACGUAGACACUUGAUGAUUUAUAAAUUACGUAAAAAAGUUGAUAUAUCAUUUGUUGAUGAAAUAAAAAUUUGGUCAAUGUUUGAUGUUAAUUUUAAAUUAGAUACAACAAAUGAUUUAGUAAAGACUAGUUUAACAAAACAGCUAUAUUCAUUGAAUGAAAAUCAUGUUGAUAAAUCUGAUGAUGUUGUUAUUUACAAAGAUCCAAGAAUACAUGAUUUAUGUCACAGAAUAUUAACCAAGUCGAGCAUAAAAAAACAUGACAUUAUCAAGAAGCUAGAUCCUGUAAUAUCAAUUGACAACAAUGACACAUCAAGUAGUUACAAAGAAUUUCGUUAUAAGCUAGGUAUUGGUGAGGGUGCUGAUGAUUUACCACCAGGUAAACCUCUUCCCUUGGAGGCAAAUUGUGAUUAUUUACAUGGUAUUAGUUUUCACAAAGGCUGUUACAUUGGUCAAGAGCUAACAGCACGUACUCAUCAUACUGGAAUUGUUAGAAAACGUUUGAUGCCAUUGACAUUUGAUCAAGUGCCCCAAGUUGAAUUAAACUAUGAUGAUAAUAUUGUUGAUGAUAAUGAUAAAUCAAUUGGUAAAUUAAGAGGACACGUUGGACAACAUGGUCUAGGUUUAAUGAGAAUUAUUGAAUCUGUUAAUGCUAAAACAAUUAAAUUAGCAAAUUUAUUAGUCAAUACUAAAAAACCAUACUGGUGGCCAUUGGAAAGUAGAACUGAAAAAAUUAAUUUAGCUAAUAAAUAGAUUUAUCAAUAAAUUUUUAUUGUUAAUUGAAAGAACU